AUGAACUUGGCCGUCCUGAUGUCCCUUGCGGGAUUGGGCGCUAGCCUUACAGUUGGGCUAGAAGCAAAAAGCCCAUUUAUUGCCGGUCGGCUCUCACAAACGAAGCAAUUUGAGCUGAAUCUGACCUGGGAAUCAUUUGCGCCCGAUGGGGUUGCGCGGGAGCAAUUUUUGAUCAAUGGCCAGUUCCCCGGCCCUCCACUGAUCAUGGAUGAAGGAGACGACGUCGAGGUGACCGUGAAUAACUUCAGUCCCUUCAAUACCACAAUUCACUAUCACGGCAUCGAACAGGAAGGAACGCCGUGGUCAGAUGGUGUGCCUGGAGUUUCACAGAGGCAGAUUUUGCCUGGUCAACGGUUUAUUUCCAAAUUCACUGUCCAGCAGUAUGGUGCAUAUUGGUACCACUCACAUACUUCUGGGCAAAUCAUGGAUGGCCUGUAUGGACCAAUUUACAUCAGACCUCGGACCAUUCCUGCGAACUUGGCCAGUGCGAUAACAAAUGAUACAUUUGAACAGGCUCAAAUACAUAACGCCAUCCGGGCCCCGUCUCUAGUUAUGCUCUCUGAUUGGUUCCAUAUGACCUCAGAAGAACUCCAAGAGGUUGCAAUGUCUGCAAAUAUUGAUCCCUUGUGUACGGAUUCUAUUCUGAUCAACGGGAAAGGGCGGGUCAAUUGCCGCAGUCCCAAGGAAUUGACUGACAUGGUGCCCGAUUCGGUGAAAUCUGUGCUACAGGGCAUGGAGUAUACGGUGAAAGGUUGCCUUCCACUCACAAACACCUAUGCCCAAACGACAUCUGGACAUAACUUGAGUGCAGUUCCAGCAUCCAUGUUUUACGAGUGCCACGCCACUGAAGCGGCAGAAGAGGUCAUCGAAGUUGACCCGUUCAACGGCUGGGCAAGUCUCAAUUUUAUCGGCUCAGCGUCUGUCUCAACUCCAAUUGUGUCUAUCAAUAAUCAUUCCCUUUGGGUUUAUGAGGUUGAUGGUUUAUACAUCAAGCCUGUUAAAGUUGAUGCGUUAACAAUCAACAAUGGUGGUCGGUAUUCCUGCUUGGUACAACUGAACAAAGCGCCAGGAAAGUACCCGAUGACAGUGGCAAAUGCAGGGUUCAACCAAAAGAUCGCGGGCUUUGGUACUCUGUCCUAUACGCAUACGCAUGAACGUUCGGUUGUAUCAACGCCUUCAAUCAACUACGGUGGAAUCGCCACAAGCACGGAUGUUGUUACACUAGAUGAGACCGUGAUCGAAAUGUUUACUCCUAGCCAGCCUAGUGAGCAUUCGGAUAAAACCUACAUCCUGACUGCUGGCCGCAUUGAGAAGGCUUGGGAAUGGUCCCUUAACGGGAAUCACUCCUACGGCCUUACUUUGGAGGCCGAAAAGCCCGUUCUAUGGGACCCUCAAUCUGCGGCCAAAAGCCCUUUGGCCAUCGCCACAAAGAACAAUACUUGGGUGGAUAUAAUCUUCAUUUUAUCUGGCAACACAUCUACACUUCAGCCUGGUCACCCACUUCACAAGCACUCCAACCGAGCUUAUAUUCUAGGUUCCGGCACCGGCGACUUCAAUUACACUUCAGUCGCCGACGCUGUCAAGGCUAUUCCAGACAGUUUCAACCUGAUCAAUCCCCCCAUGAGAGACACUUUUACUACGCUGCCUGCUUAUCAAGGUAAAAGCUGGAUGGCAAUUCGCUAUCAUGUUCAAAACCCAGGGGCAUUCUUGCUUCACUGUCACCUCGACCCACAUCUGACAGGGGGUAUGGGGCUCGCGAUUCUAGACGGUAUAGAUGCAUGGCCGACCAUUCCGUCCCAAUAUGGCCCAAAUGGGAAGUGGGGAAGUAUUGACGCUUGA